AUGGCUGUCGGAAAGAACAAGAGGCUGUCAAAGGGAAAGCGCGCCACCAAGAAGAAGACCCAGGACCCCUUCUCCCGCAAGGACUGGUUCGACAUCAAGGCGCCAUCCAUGUUUGAGGUCAAGAACAUUGGCAAGACCCUCACAAACCGAUCUGCCGGUCUCAAGAACGCCAACGACGCACUCAAGGGCCGCAUCAUCGAGGCGUCUCUCGGUGACCUCCAGAAGGACGAGGAGCACGCAUUCCGCAAGAUCAAGCUCCGAGUCGAUGAAGUCCAGGGCAAGUCCUGCCUCACCAACUUCCACGGCAUGUCCUUCACCCAGGACAAGCUCCGUUCGCUCGUCCGCAAGUGGCAGACACUCAUUGAGGCGCACGUCGUUGUCAAGACCACAGACGACUACCUUGUCCGUCUCUUUGUCAUUGCCACCACACGCCGCCGUCAGAACCAGGUCAAGAAGACUUGCUACGCACAGACUGCCCAGAUCCGCGAGAUCAGGCAAAAGAUGUUUGAGGUGAUUCAGCGUGAGGCUGCUUCCUGCUCCCUCAAGGAGCUCGUUCAGAAGCUCAUCCCUGAAGUCAUUGGCCGGGAAAUCGAGAAGGCCACCCAGGGCAUCUACCCGCUCGCCAACUGCUACACCUCCAAGGCCAAGAUCCUCAAGCGUCCGGCCCUCGAUGUUGGUCGUUUGCUCGAGCUCCACGGCGGUGAGGAGACUGGCUCU